AUGACAGAGGGACCUGAAUGCCAUGCCAGGGGGAAAUGCGUGUGCGGAAAAUGUUUUUGCAAUGCGAAUCCCGAUCCUGAGAAUCCAAGCAAGGUAAUAAUUGGUGAUCAUUGUGAAUAUGAUAAUUUCUCCUGUGAUGGACCAAAAUGUAAUGAGGGACCCUAUUCCAUAAAUGAACUGCACAUUUACGCGGAGGAAAACGCUGAAGUCUCUGAAGUAGAGCAACCUCUAGAAGAAUAA